AUGGUAACAGAUCAAUUUGGUAUUGUUGGUUUAUUAUCGUUUAUAAGAGCGGCCAUGGAUGGUACAAUGGUACCAGCUAUAAUACCUGGUAUAGAUUUAACAACACUGGGUUUAAACCUUAACUCACCUGAAAAUUUAUACAGCACUUUUCAGUCUCCGUGGGCAGAAGCACCUUGUAGACCUCAAGAUAUAGAUUUUCAUGUUCCAGCAGAAUAUAUAACUAAUAUCUAUAUUAGAUUUAAGCUUGCACCAAUCAAAUUUUUUCGUUAUGGAGAAGAUUUAUUGUUUUUCUUAUUCUAUAUGAGUGGUGGAGAUGUUUUACAGUUGGCAGUCGCUGCAGAAUUAUAUAACCGAGACUGGAGAUAUCAUAAAGAAGAAAGAACAUGGAUGACACGCGCCCCCUGGGGGACAUAUUAUUUCUUCGAUGCAGUGAAAUGGAGGAAGGUGGCUCGAGAAUNUCAUUUAGAGUAUGAUAAACUUGAAGAAAGACCAACACUUCCAUCAUUUCUGAGCCAGAAUAUGAAUAAUCCCAAUCAACCCAAUGUAGCCCAUUAG